AUGGCCACCGAUAUAGGAGAUGAAGAAAGAGCACAUUUACUUGGUAUAUCACCAUCGCCAUCGCCAAUAGAUGUCAUCACAACGCCAUAUCAACCCUUAGACCAAGAUGAGAGUACCAAUCAAGACGAUGACGACAGUUCAAGCACUCACAGCUCUGAAUGGACUGUCAGUCAAAGCGCUCGCAGGCUUUACGUAUCUCAUACCCUCUCAACAUGGAACUCACGCGUCUUUGAAUUCGGAAGCGUUUUAUAUCUCGCCUCUAUCUUUCCGGGAACAUUGAUGCCGCUUGCGGUGUAUUCAAUGAUUCGAGGUGCUGCUGCUAUUGCACUAUCGUCUUGGGUCGGGUCUUAUAUCGACCGUAAUGAUCGUCUUAAGACGGUGAGACUGUCAAUUGUGUCUCAAAGACUAGUCGUUACUGUGUCAUGUGCCAUCUUUCUUGUUCUCAUAAAGGUUCAAACUAUACCUCAUGAAGUGAGGAUUGGUUUGCUUGCUGUCUCAAUUCUUAUGGCCUGUAUUGAGAAGCUUGCUGCCAUAAUGAACGUUGUGUCAGUCGAAAGAGACUGGGUCAUCGUUGUGGCUCGCUCUGAUACUACUGCACUCCGAACGAUGAACUCACAAAUGAGACGGAUUGACCUUGUCUGUAAACUCCUCGGACCCUUCUUCAUAGGAACGGUUGAUGGCAUUUCUACGGAAACAGCCAUUCUGGUGAACUUGGUCUAUUAUCAGGUCCCUGCUCUGCAGUACCCCAAAAGUGCACCACAAACCUCACACCUCGAGGAUGGCAAUCACCAAAGUCCUUUGGUAUCAAUCAAGCAUGGCCUAAAGAAGACGUUCGACGAUCUCCGUCUCUACUUUACCCAUCCCGUCUUCUUUCCCUCUUUUGCAGUGGCCCUUCUUUACUGCACAGUUCUAUCGUUUGGCGGAGUUAUGGUUACUUACCUACUGUCAAGCGGAUACAACUCAUCACAGAUUGCUGCAAUGAGGACCGUCUCUGUAGCUUUCGAGGUUCUGGCUACUUGGAUUGGCCCAUGGCUAAUGAAGAAGAUUGGUCCAGUUCGUGCAGGGCUUUGGUUCCUGAGUUGGCAAUUGGGGUGCUUAUCAAUAGGCGUAUCGAUAUUCUGGAGAUAUGCUGAUAACGUCCUCGUCUCAACUCUGGCACUCGUGGGAAGCUCCAUGCUUAGUCGUGUCGGACUUUGGGGUGUCGAUCUCUCGGCACAGGUCAUCAUCCAAGAGGAAGUCGAGGCGCAAAAUCGAGGAGCCUUUUCUGCUGUGGAAGCUAGCUGGCAACAUGUGUUUGAAAUGUGUGCAUACACGUCGACCAUAAUAUUCUCGUCGCCUAGUCAGUUCCACAACCCGACUGCGCUGAGCGUCGCGGCAGUUUUGUUCGCAUGGGUUCUGUAUAGCUUGUUUGUUAAGAAGCAACGAGGACAUCUCGUCCACUGGCCGACCUGCCUGUCUGCCGAGAAGCAACAAGAAGCAGCGAUAGAUGGAGUGCUCGAGUCGAUGCAUUCAAGAAGAAGAGAGGGGCCUGGAGGGGUUGCAUGA